AUGGCCAAAAAUUGUCCACAGUAUAUUUUUGGGGAGUUCAGCGACGACGAGUUCAAGCAAUUCUUUGCCAGUGCUCGCUGUACAGUGGAGCUCCCUCCUUUUAAUGAAACCGUUUUCUAUGGGCCUCAGUCUUCAAGUGAUCAGGAUGGUGAAGAAGUACCAGCGCUCGAAUUCGGCGUCAGCGAAGUGAUCGACCCGGACGCGGGCCUCGUCGUCAACAACUCCGCCUACAGUAUUUCCAGCACUUUGAACCCCCAGGCCCCGGAGUUCAUCGCCUCUCCGAGGACUUGUAACAGCCCAGACCUGUCUGUGGACUAUAAUAGCGAGGCCGCCAAUGACGACGAGGCUCCUCCCCUUCCGAGCGCACUAGACAAUGAUAGGACUGCUGGACAGCCUGAGACAUCGUGCAGUGUUACCCUCCCACAGCCACCCGGCACCCCCCCGGACGACGAGGGGCGGGAGAGCCCAAUAAGGACAGCCGUGGAGCAGCCCCCGGCUGCCCCCGAUACUACUGAAAACCUCGGAGUUCCCAAUGGACAGACACUUGAAACCACAGAGGACGCGCCCGCCUCCAACGGGGUUGACUGCCACCCGGAGGCGGAGCCAGCCAAGCCGGAGGACACGUCGCCCCCUCAGCCCGUCGGCCCGGCUUCGGCGGCCCCCCCCUCCUCCUCCGCCAACCCACCGGCUAAGUCUUGGGCUAGUCUCUUCCACAAUUCUAAGCCCUCCGCCUCCCCGCAGGUGGCCUACGUCGAGACUAAGUGUUCCCCUCCCCCCACCGCCACCACCGCCGCCCCUCAGCCCACCGAAAAACAGGCGGAGGAGAAGGAGAGCCCCGUGCCCGUGUCGGAGGACUCGCUAGCCAUAAAGAUUGCAGAGGUGUUGGAGAAUGUGAAGCUCGUCCACAAGCCGGUGUCGUUGCAGCCCCGCGGGCUCGUCAACAAAGGCAACUGGUGCUACAUCAAUGCCACUCUACAGGCUCUGGUGGCUUGUCCCCCGAUGUACCAUCUUAUGAAGUGCAUUCCAAUGUACAGCAAACUGGACCGGCCGUGUACAUCAACGCCCAUGAUUGACAGCUUUGUGAGAUUGAUGAAUGAAUUCACGAACAUGCCGGUUCUCCCGAAGGCUAAACAAGUCCCCGGUGACAAGGUCAUGCGUGACAUCCGCCCCGGGGCGCCCUUUGAACCCGCCUACAUCUACCGCCUGCUGACCGUCUCCAAGUCUACGCUCUCCGAGAAGGGGCGCCAGGAGGACGCAGAGGAGUAUCUCGGCUUCGUGUUGAACGGAUUGCAUGAAGAGAUGCUGAGCCUGAAGAAGCUGCUCUACCCCCAAAACGACAAAAUCUCGGUGUCGAAUGGUCCGGAGCCGGUGCCGGAGGAGACGUCGGAGGUGAACCACGAAGACCAGGCAGAGGGCAGCGAUGAGGAGUGGGAGCGGGUGGGGCCGCGCAACAAGAGCGCAGUGACCAGACAAGCCGACUUUGUCCAGACGGCCGUCACGGAUAUCUUUGGAGGACACAUGCGGUCCGUCGUGUACCAGCAGAGCUCCAAGGAGUCGGCCACCCUGCAGCCCUUCUUCACCCUGCAGCUGGACAUCCAAUCGGAGAAGAUCCGCACCGUCCAAGACGCACUGGAAACCCUCGUGGCCCGGGAGUCCGUCCAGGGCUACACCAGCAAAACCAAACAAGAGGUGCAUUUACUUUCUCCCGGAGUAAAAAGCAAGAUUUUCAAAGGCCAAAGGACCUACCGGCUCUUUGCAGGAUCUCCCCCUCACUUCCUGUUCUCUCUUUGGAGGAUCUCCCCCUCACUUCCUGUUCUCUCUUUGGAGGAUCUCCCCCUCACUUCUUGUUCUGUCUGA